AUCCGCAUUUAGUGUCGCCAUCUACUGAGAGUAAAAGUAAAAUAUAUUAAAAGUGCCAUCUAUGUUUACAUUUUCAUUUAUUUCGUUCCCGUUAGUGACGGAAGCUGAUUUCUAAGAAGAAGAAUUUAUUGAAUCCAAUCAGGAUAACAGAAUGGAGUGGUUGAACAUAUUUAAUGAGGCACCUGUAGCAAUUGCCUUGAUCUUGGUGUUUGCCAGCACAGCAGUUUACUACAUUCUUGUUAACAGAGGUCUUCCUCCUGGUCCCCUGGGUCUGCCCCUAUUAGGAUACUGGCCCCUAUUGAAGAACGAUACCUGUCACUUGCAGUUGCAGGAAUUGCAGAAAAAGUACGGAGACUUAUUCAGUUUCAGUUACGCCGGUGCUCUGUAUCUCAACUUGGGAAGUAUCCACGCUGUUAGGGAGUUCCAUAUAGCUAAGGCAGACUGCUUUGAGAGAGUAAAAGAUUACAGUUUACUGAAUCUCUAUUUUAAAAAUGGCGUUGCUUUUCUGAAUGGAGAACCAUGGAAGAUACUUAGAAAGUUCACGAUGCAGCAGAUGAAAGAAUUGGGGAUGUCGACCGUGAAAGAAAGCAUGGAAGGACCACUGUACGAAUCCAUCCAGGAGACCUUAGAAUUCCUGAAAUGUAAAGAAGGCGAUCCCGUAGACAUCAUCCAGAUGCUGUCCAACAAAUGCAACGCCAUCCUCCGCCGCUGUUUAUUCAGGGACAGUUGCAUCACAGAAGAAGAAGUUACGGAGAUCAACGCUUCCUAUGCCAUCGUCAUGGGUUUCACCAGCGUUAAGAACACUCUCCAUGCCGGAAACUUGGCCAGAUAUUUAAUUUUGCCAUUCAAAUCUGGUUAUGGAGAAGCAAUGAAACAUCAUAAGAGAAUGAGGAACAAUCUGAUGGAAAUAGUGAAGAGGCACAAAAACACUUUCGACCCCAAACACCCCCGAAACUUUGUAGAUGCUUAUUUAAAGGAAAGAGUCGACAGGCAGGCUAAGGGCGAUCCCACUGCUCAAUAUUUCACCGACGAGGCUUUGGCCGCCACUUUAGAUCAGAUUGUGGGUGAUGGAGUCCUCGGUGUCUCCUCAUUUGCGGCGACUUUCUUGAAAUAUGUGAUAGACUUCGAGGAUGAGCAGGAGAAGAUGUACAAGGAAUUGAUGGAGGAGAUUGGAGAGGGAAGAGAUCCCACCCUAGAAGACAAGUUAAGACUACCUUACACCAGUGCCCUUAUGCAGGAAAUAUUGCGCAUAUCCAAUUUCUUCCCCAUGUUCCCUAGCCAACAGUGUAUCAAGGAAUGUACAGUUCGUGGGUAUAGGAUUCCAAAAGGGGCCAUCACUCUGAUGAACACGUGGUGUUGUCACUCAAACCCUGAUGUGUACGAAGAACCUGAAAAAUUCAAACCUACCCGCUUCUUGCCAAAAGAAGGAAAGCCAAAACCUGAACCACCCCUCACUUUUGGUGUGGGCAAAAGAAGUUGUAUUGGAGAAUCUUUUACAAUGACUCAAACGUUCUUGUUUCUGGUCUCAUUGGUGAAACACUUUAAGCUGACCCUGCCUCCCGGUAGUUCAGAUAUGACAGCUUUCGAACUUUUGAUGAAGGGAACCAUGGAAAUGUGUGCACACUUAAGAAAUUAAACGUUUUUCAAAUGAAAGAAAUGACUGCUGAUCAAGAAAAAAAAUUUAAAUAACUAAUGCAUUAUUAUUCCUUCCUUGAAGUGCUUAUUUUUGUUCAAUGUUUAAUUCAUAAGUAUGAAUAAAAAAGGAAUUUAUUUUUCUAGUUCGAUUAAAAGACGUCCUAUUUUCUAACGUGGCUCCAGAUGACUUGGAGAAUAUUACUGUAAUGGAAAUUUUUAAUUGUAAAUGAAAUAAUAAAUUUACUUACGUAGAUUUAAA